GCUCCGGCGCGGCGGCGGCGCGGGCGACGCGCCGGCCUGGCUCCCGCUCACCUUCGUGCCCGGCCGCGACGACCUCUCGGAGCGCGCCGCGCUCGCCGCCGCGCACGACGCGCGCGGCGGCGACGGCCGCGCCGCGUGGAUCCUCAAGCCCUCGGACGGGGGCAAGGGCGCGCGCAUCGCCAUCUUCGACGACCUCGCCGCCAUCGACGCGCACGUUCGCGCCGCCGCAGGCUCCGUCGCGUGGGUCGCGUCCGCGUACCUCGGCGACCCGCUGCUCCUCGAGCCGGGCGGGCGCAAGUUCGACGUCCGCAUCUGGGUGCUCGUCGACGCGGACUUCGGCGUCCACGUCUGGCGGCGGGGCGUGCUGCGGACGUGCUCCGUGCCGUUCUCGAACGACCGCGCGACGUUCGGCGACCCCUUCGACUGGGUCGCGCUCGGCCUCCUCGGCGCGACGCGGACGCUCGCGUACCUGUGCUACCCGCUCCUCAUGCUCCUCUUCCUCGGCAAGGCGAACAACCUCGUCUGCGCGCUGUCGCGGUCCGUCGUCGGCGUCUACGUGCCCUUCCACCGGCUCCACGAGCUCCACACGUCCGCGGGCGUCGUCGCCGGCGCGGCGUUCGUCGCGCACGGCGCGGGCCACGCGGCGCGCUGGGCCCGCCAGGGCAACGCCCGGCUGCUCUGGGCGUCGCAGACGGGCCGCACGGGCGCGGUCGCCGCGCUGCUCACGCCGCUGAUCGUCGUGCCCAUGCGGAGCGCCGCGUGCCGCGCGGCGCUCCGCUGGGAGCUGCGGAAGGCGCUCCACUACCUCGCGGUGCUCUGGGGCCUCCUCGCGGCGCUCCACGCGCCCAAGUCCGUGUCGCUGCCCUGCGUCGCGAUCCCGCUCGCCGUCUACGCGGGCGACUGGCUCUACGGCCUCCUCUUCCGCACGUACCUCGUGCGCACGUCCAG